ACGCAGCUUGGACUGGGACCAUGAAAUGAUGGAAGUGGUCGUCAGGGCGAGAGGGCGAUUCUCUUUGGCAGCAAGCAGCAGUCAUGGCACCGCCAUCGCAGCCCUGCCAUCGCGCUGCCUCACUGCGGAAUUUGGAACCCUGGCAUUGCGACGCAAAUCCCCUAUCGGGGGAGCUGGUGGGCUGGUGAAACUUGCGGCUCGCGUCCAUGAGGCGCAGGUAAGAGCCAGUUGCGGAACAGCGAUGGCGGCGACGCAGCCAGCACAAGGGGAGGGGAAUGAUGCCAGGGCCGUUCGAUCCCACAUCUUCAGGAGUCCAACGUGAGAUCCUGCCUGACACCGCGGAGGAGAAUCAGCGCUGGAGGGGGGUCCGGGCGAAGUGAUUGGUGGGGGGAGAUGCCAUACGUGCUGUGGCUCCUGCGGAGGAGUAGCCGCUGCUCUUAUCAUGUUCGGUAUUGCCUGUAGACAGUUCAUAAAACGAAGUACGUAGA